AUGUCUGAUACUUAUUACAACGAGCUAUGGCUGAUCACGAGGAACGACUUGGACAAGCUGAUACAGCUGGAUCGGAAGCUGCAACAGCAACCAAAAACGGCGGACCAAGGGGAAGGACUGAAUCUACUGCUUCCGAUAUACCUUAGGUAUCGCAAUCUAGCGAAGAGGCUGAUCGUUUGCCACGAUCAAAUGGUACAGACGCAGAAACGAGACUUGAUAAAACGAGUUCUGGAUUGCACGGUCGGUAGAAUGCUGGAGUACAAACAAGAGAUUGUUAACACGAACUACAACGAUUAUCAAUGGCCUGACGACUUCAUGUACCAGUUCAAGUACACACCGGACGAUGUAGAGAAUUGUGUGUCCGCUGUUGGGAAAGACGUCGUGCAACAGCGUAAAGAACGUAUUCAGAAGUUGAUAGAGGAUGCCUUAACAAUUUCAGCGGAGAUCAUCGAGAGUGAAGAACCUUCCGCGGACGUGGACAUGGAGAGUAUGGAAUCUCGGGAAAGCUCGCCGAAACUUCGAAGAAGAAGAGUAAGAGAGGAGCCCUCGGAGACCAAACAACCGGCGAUUCUUCAGGAGACACCGGAAGAGAUAGCGGCUCGGGAAGCUCGUGAAGCUGCCGAACAAGCUAUUCACAACUCGAUGUUGCUCAUUCAAUGUCACGAAAGGGCGAGAAUGGGUCGCCGUACCGGAGCCGAAGUGCAGCGUAUGUACAACUACAACAAGAAAUUGGAAAGCGGAGAGAUCGUGCCGAAAAAGUUGCACAGAGAGGUGUACAUGAACGCUGCCAAAACGAUACAGCGCGCUUGGAGAAGAUACAAAGCGAAGAAGAGGAUGAAGAAACGUAUCGAAAUUAAGGAAGAGUUGCUUGGUAUGACGAUACCGAGCUGGAAGUCGAACGAAAUAUUAGACAAGGACAGGGAAGAUUUUCAGAGGAAGCUGACGUUGAUGCCGAGGUUCGCUGAUCGAAUCGUGAAAGCGACAGAAAACGAGCGAACCAGGUUGUUCAAAAUUAGAGGACCCGGUUUGGUGGAGGACAUCACAGACGAGAUUCGAGAAUGGUUCAUCGUGUGGUACAACGACGUGGGACAUUUCGACGUGUAUCCAGCUGCAAAUCUAGGCGGCAGCGUGUUAAUUGCCACAGGAGAGACCCUAACACCUAAGCAGUUUCUGGCGCAGAAAUCCGCGAAAGAGAAAAAAUCAGCCGCUGCGAAAGCUAAACCUAAGAAGAAGAAAACUCCGUGGAUGCCAGAAACAACGGCGUAUACCCUCCUCGACGAGGCCAAUCGAGAUUUCGUGAAGGAUUGGAGCUUUCGCGACGAUUCGAACGAUCGUAACGAGAAAGUGUAUCACGAUCUGAUCAAGGAUAAACUAUGCUACGAACUUCAACUGGAGAUGAGGCAAAUAACGGACGAAUUGAUGAGGUUGGAGCUGAAGGCGUUGAACAGAGCACUGAAGAAAGACUACGCGGCUGAUAAGCGAAAGCUCGAUAUUCCGAAGGAGAAAAGGAGGAAGAAGAAGAAGAAGAAAGAUCCACUGGACGACAUGUCCACGGAAGAUAUGUUCAAAGAAUUGGUCAGAGCCAGUAUCAUAAGAAGUUACCCCGAAACUUCGAUCAACGAUUGGAUAGGAGAUUUAUCGUAUCAGAAUUACGAAGCAGCUCGCGAAUAUCGGGAUUACAAGCAUCGUAUGGGUGAGAUCAAGCAAGUGAUCAUGGAAUAUUGCGUACUUCCACUAGGUACAAGGGAGAUACACGAAAUUGCGCCCUUAAUUCGAUCGGUUUGCAUCUGUGGCUUCCCUAGACAUGGGAAGAGCUUCUUGGUGAACGCGAUUUGUUCCGAGAUUGGAGCAGUGAUGUUCGACAUGACGCCGACCGUUUUGAUCGACAAAUACACCGGGAAGCGAAACGAGCGUAAAUUGAUCGACAUGAUCUCGCGGAUAGCCAGGGUGUAUGCACCGUCGGUGAUUUUCAUCGACAACGGUGAAAAACCGUGGCUGAAGAAAGUACCACCACAGGAGAGAUACCACAAGCCGAAGAGAUUCGCCAAAUACUAUCCGAAACUGGUGAAAAGCAUCAAGCGCGGUGAUCAGAUGCUAUUUCUCACGACCUCCUCGGAGCCAUAUAAAGCAACAAGACCCUUCGUCAGGAUCCACGACAAGUUCAUAAUGAUUCCUCUCACGGACUACAACACGCUGUACAUGUUUUACAAAGAUCUGCUGAUGAAGUACCAUGGAAUCGAUCGUAACAUCGACGUCUCCUGCCUGGCGAGGAUGUCCGUGGGCAUUCCGUUGGAAUUCAUCAGCAACGCGAUCGAGAAUGUCCUGAAUCUACGUAGAAGGAUCACGCUGAGGUUCAAACCGUUGAUGGUGAGCGAAAUUAUAGAGGAGGUGUUGAAGUACGAGCCACCGAAGCCGAAGAUAAUGUCUCAGUUCGCAAAGUUCGAAAAUCGAACACCGCUUGCCAGAAGGAGGACCAGGUUAUUGGCUGCGGAGAAAGCAGAACAUGAGCGUCUUCAGAAAGAGAAGGAAGCUAGUAAAUGA